AUGCUCUCCAGCACUGGACCUCGCAUUGGCAUUGUUGGUGUGGGCCAGGUUGGCGCCGCGGCCGCGAACGCGCUGAUCAUGAACUCGGUCGUGCGCGAGCUGAUCCUGGUCGAUAUCAAAUCUGAGCUCCGAAAUGCCCAAGUCCAGGAACUCUCUGACGUCAGCCGAGUGAGCGGACGCGUUGAAACGCGCGUCCGAGCAGGGACAUAUCAUGAUGCUGGGCAGUGUGACAUUGUUCUCAUCACCGCGGGGUCUAAGUUCUCUGUCGGCGAAACCAGCGUGCAACAUAUGUAUCGCAACCUAGGGAUCGUCCGGAGCGUGGUCCAAGCGAUGCGCCCCUUCCGAUCCGAUGCCAUCCUCCUGGUUGUGUCGAAUCCCGUAGAUCUGCUGACCACCCUCGCACAGCAGCUCUCCGGUCUGCCCCCCUCGCAAGUCUUGGGGUCCGGUACCCUUCUUGACUCGGUUCGGCUGCGUGGGCUCUUGGCCAACAAAGCUGGAGUCGCCGCGGACGCCAUUGACAUCCAUGUUCUUGGUGUGCAGGGUCUCGAGCAGGUCGUGGCCUGGUCGACCGCCACUGUGGGUGGUCUGCCACUAGCCUCCGCCGUGCCGCCGGAUACGUUUGAUCCUGUCCAGAUCACCAAUGAGUGCAAGCAGAUCUCCCAGGCCAUCAUCAAAGCCAAGGGGGCGAUGCCCCUUGGCAUCGGCGCUAUCAUCUCCAAGAUAUGUUCAUCCAUCCUCUGUGACCAGCGAGAUAUCCUUCCCAUCAGCCAUCUUCAAGAGGAGUUCGGCUGUUGUUUCAGUUUGCCAGUGGUCCUGGGACGAAAGGGAGUUAUCAGGACGAUUUGCAUUCCUGUUAGUGAGGAGGAGCGGGGUGGAAUUGCCAAGUCAGCCGAAGCCUUGAACGAGAUAAUUGAGCAUGUGAACGAGUGA